AAAUAUAUACGCAGUCUAAACUAGUUAAAUCAACAGUUCACAUCGACACAACAUAUUGUCUGCAAACAUUACCACAGAGCAGCUGGAAACGAUUAUUCUUUGACAUUAAAAUACAGUGCCAGCUCGUCAAUCAAAGAAAACAAUGAAGUUCGUUCUCGUGAUAAUCGUGUUGGACUUAAUGACAAUUGCUGGGAGCCAACGCGUCGUUCCAGCUGGAUCUAAUUUCCAACAAACAGUCGUUUCGCUUCAAUCAGAGUCAAACGCAUUUCACGAGACGAAUGACAACAUCCAUGCAAUAGCCACUCAUUACCCAAGACCUGAAUAUCCUCUCGUUCCAAGAUUCUAUCCUAUCGCUGGAUCAACUAUGUUAAUUGGUUAUCCUCUGAUUACGGGACGCGGCGGGAUUAACGGACACGGCGGUUACGGUCGGGUAAUUCCCAUUCGUGGUUACAGCUACGGACGAUAAAAACAAAUCUAAACGUUUCACAUUAAAAUAAUUAAUUCGAUACACUUGAUGUGUACAUCAACGCCAAAUACAAAUCGUGAUUGAUCAAAAUA